GGCCAUUUGACUUUCGGUACUUGUGCUCGUGUUUGACAUCAGUUACUUGACUCGGACGCACCGAAAAGCCAUCAAGAUGGAGGCAGUCGCAGAUCAGUUUGUCAAAUUCUACUAUUCCCAAUUCGACAGCGCAAGAGACCAGCUUGCGAGUCUUUACCGGGAUCAUUCGAUGCUCACCUUCGAGGGCAGUCAAACGCAAGGUGCUGCAGCGAUCACCGAGAAGCUCAAGUCAUUGCCAUUCCAGCAGGUGAAGCACCAGGUUGACACGAAAGAUGUUCAGCCGACAGGUGCAGACGGCACCUCCCUUGUUGUGCAAGUGACCGGCAAGCUAUUGGUCGACGACUCCCCAGCGCCACUUCAAUUCACGCAAACCUUCACCCUGAACCCAGAGGGCGGCUCGUUCUACGUGUUCAAUGAUAUCUUUAGACUCGUGUACGGCUAGAGCUUUGCAGUGUGGAAUCGAUCCUGAAGCAUUGUUCCCCU